AUGUCCAUAAUAAAUGAAAUUAUUAUUAUUGUCAUCAAAGUGUUGGACCAUGUCCAUAAAGUUCAAACUCAUUAUCCAAAUUUCACAAUUUGCUACCUCACAAACAAGUUGAUGAGGUACAUUAAUAAAUGUGAACAAGCUCAGUAUAAGAAUCAGACGAAUAGCAGUAGCUGCUGGAAACAUCCACUAGUCGAGGAGGUUUUGUCAAAAUUAACCACUCAUUUUACAAAUGUGCGCUCGAGGCAGUGUGUAGAUGAAGCUGAAUUGGCUGAUCAUGUUGUUGGUCUAACUUCUAGCCUUGCCAGUUGUCAAUUUAGGAAGAAGUUGACUCCACUAUCUGUAUAUGCCAAUGGAUCCAUUAUUUCUAAGGAUUGUCUUGAUAAGAACGAAUUUUGGUUGAAAGCAUUAGUAGCUAUUCCAAAAGUGCAGCCAAGAUUUGCCAUUGCCAUUUGGAAGAAAUAUCCGACUAUGAGAUCUCUCUUGAAUAUAUACAUGGAUCCUAAUAGAUCGGUUCAUGAGAAGGAAUUCCUGUUAAAAGAUUUGACAACCGAGGGUUUUUUUGGGCAAAAAGAUAGGAGGUUAGGUGAGAUGUGCUCCAAACGGGUGUACAGAAUAUUAAUGGCACAAAAUGGAAGCAUGGUGACUGAUGAUGUUGAGAAUGGUGCAGAUUUCUUCAGGAGCUGA